UAGCGGUGGGAGACUUUCACUCUCGAGUCCUGCCUGAUUUUCACUCGCCUCAACGCAACCCAAAGAAAUAAAAAAAUGGCCUUCGCUGGUGUCCUCGCUGAAGCUGAUAUCAAAGCCGCAAUUGCCGGCUGCGCAGCUGCUGACUCCUUUGACCACAAGAAGUUCUUCAAGGCAUGCGGCAUGGCCAGCAAGUCCGCCGAAGAGAUCAAGAAGGCUUUCUACAUCAUCGACCAGGACAAGAGCGACUUCAUUGAGGAGGAAGAGCUGAAGCUGUUCCUGCAGAGCUUCUCUGCUGGCGCCAGAGAACUCACCGAGAAGGAGACCAAGGCUCUCCUGGCCGCCGGUGACGAGGAUGGUGAUGGCAAGAUCGGAGUCGAUGAGUUCGCUGUUCUUGUGAAGGCAUAACUUCCCACUGAACAAGAUCCCCUUCUUUUCAUGGAACUGCCGACUCCUUUGCCAGAUCCCGUCACCACCAGCUGAAAGAACAUUUUUUUAUACCUUAUUUAUGAGUUGCCUGUGGAUUAUUUCUCAACAUGGAAAGCAUGUUUUACUGUGAAUGUUACUCAAACGGUCCGAAAAAUGACUUGUGCAAACUGUACAACACCAUCUGCACUUUUGAGGAAGAGUGAAAAACCAGGAAUAAAUACUCUGUUGGUCUAAAGUCA